AUGCUUCAAAUACCAGAUCUUUCAAUUCAAUCACCGUUCCGAAAGAAAGUUAAUAUGGUCAUUGGCGCUUUUAAGGGUAAAGCACCAUUUAUGACAUUCACUAAAGCGAUGAAUAAUCCACCAGAAUUUAUGUUAGAUGAUCUAACCGCUAAAAAUAUUAAUUUUACUACUAUAUUGCAUGUUCCUGAGAAAAAAGCUUCGAGGGUUCUACUAAUAUCCUACAAGCAAAAUCUAGGACAUUUGUAUAAGGAUGACCCGCUUUUAGUUCAGUUUAACAAUGACAUUUUAACGGAGCAGUUCGGUUCGAUAUUGAAUGAUACCACAUUGGUUUCAUUUUUGUUGAAACAACUCUCAGAACUGGGCAUGAAUACAGUUGACGGAACAACCGAAGACGUUUUUUUCGUUCAAACGUACAACGUCACAAAGGAAGGCUAUCUCUAUUUCCUAAAAGACUAUAUUAUUUUUGGUUUUAAGAAGCCAAUACUAAUAUUCAAGACUGCUGAUAUUGAGGCCGUCACAUAUACCUCCAUUACUAGAUUAACGUUUAAUGUGUCUCUUAAUGUCAGGCACUCCGUGGAAAACUCUGAAAAUGGUAAUAAUAUACAGAAAAUGACCACUGAGAAGUAUGAAUUCUCAAUGAUUGAUCAGAAAGAGUUCGAUAAAAUAAAUCAAUAUGUGCAAAGCCAGAAGUUUGAAGACAAAUCAAUGGCUGAUGAAUUAAAGGCCCAAAGACAAUUGAAAAGCGGUAGUCAUAAGCCAGGAGCACUUACAGAAGCAGCAAAACUUGUCCCAGGGGGUGAUAUGGUUGUUGGUAGUGCUGAUGGUGAAGAAAAUAAUGAUGAUGAUGAGGAACUUGAUGCUGAUUAUGAGCUUGGAGAUAGCGAUGAUGAUCACAGUGAUGAUAGCGAGGAAAGCGAGAAUGAAGAAGCUGAGAGUCAAAGUGAAACUGACAAAGAAAUAGUAGGAAAUUCCGGCAAGGAAAAGGAAAGUCAUGAUGAUGAAGAUGACAGCCCAGAUUAUAUCUCUGGAGAAGAAGUCGAUGAAAAUGGGGAAGAAUACGAUAACAGGGAAAAAGUUCAAAGUGAUGAUGAUGAUCGAGAAAUGGAUGAAUUCGAUGAUCAGGACAAUGGGGAAGAUGAUACACCAGACGAAAGUAAGCAAACUUUAGAGCAGGAGCUUAAAGAUUUAGAGAACGGUCUUGAUGACACUGAUUAUCUCCAAAUGGCCGAUUACACUGGCAUGUCAUAG